AUGGAUGAGAUGGUUUAUAGGAUGAGUAGAGGAGAAAUAAGUAGAGUUAGAAUAAGCUAAGGAAUAAUAAGGCCGUAUUUACAGUAGAUUGAUGGAGAAUUUAAAUUUUCAUAGGAGAGUAAUUUCAUAAACUCUCUGUUGUUUUAUUGUUUUAGGUAGCCAUCUAAGCAGUUAAAUGCCUGUGAUCAUAAGAAAUUAAACAUAAGUAGAAUCCGCAUUUUCUUCAUUAAUUAUAGCAUCUACGCUGCCCAAAGUGCAUCACAUUAUGAAAAAUUAGUUCGAACAGGGCAUCCAAGAAUGCUGAUAAGACAUGGGUAUAAUUAUCAGAACUGUCAACACAAGCAUUAGUAGACUAGGUUGAAUUUAUUUUUCGUCUAAGCUGAUCGAUAAAAAGAAGAGGAUGAUUUAUAAUGA